UGAAUGACGUGUCUCGAUUCUCUCGCUGUCAUUUUCCAUCGUCUCGUCUCGUUUUGUUGCAGCUUCCCGGAGGAAGAAAACAGCUUUGAUUUCCCAGUUGGAAAGAAGCUACCGAAGCCAACUGAACUACGAGGACACUGUUGCGUUUAUCGCUUGAAAAAGGUCGGGAGGCAAUCGACAGUCUAGCGGACACGUUGAGGCAGUUGAUGAACACGAUGGCUGCGACUGGACUGGGCACUGAUUCGCCGUCUCCAAGGACGUUGCUGCUAACAGCGAGUCCUGCGUUCGAAGAGGAAGAGAAGACCGACUACGGGGCGGACGAUGAGGAUGACGGAUACGAAGUAGACAACAGCUUCGACUAUUUUCCUACUGCAAACGGAUCUAGCGAGGACGAGAGGAAAGAAGACAGAGAAGAGCAGUCAGUGAAGAAAGAUGUGGAGAAUGGAGAAGACGAGUCAAUGGAGGCGAGUGUUGUGGAGAAGAUUGAGGUUGAACGUCACACUUUGAUUGAGGACACAACUGUCGUCAAGGAAUACGCGCAGAUUGAGAAAGAAGAUGAUACUUCGAAGCAGUCCGAUGAGCUAUUGGCAGUCACUGUAACCACUUCGUCAGCAGUAAUCGACCAGGAGACUUCAUCGACGCUUGUAUCAACGGGGAGAGCGACUAUUCCAUGUGAUGAUGCAAAAGAUUCCAGUGAGGACGAUGACGUGGACGUUGAUGAUCCAGGAGACUUAAGAUUCUCUAGCGAUGAUGAAGAAAGUGACAAUGACGAAGUGGAAGAAAGCAAGAUGGUCAAAAAGAAAUCCACUACGAACGAGGAGGAGCAAGUAGUGCUUGGUGAAGCGGAUCCAAUUGCACAAUCACCAAGUAAAGGCAUCAAAGCUGCUGAUAGCGAGAAUGGUGAGCAUGAGGCAGCUCAACAAGAAGCCCCUGAAUCGCCCGGUUGUCAUGAUCCGCUGAUCCCGUCGAACUUACCUACACCUUUGGUCUCAGGUGAUGUUCAGGCCAGCACACCAACAAAACCGGCGAAGAUCAAUGAUGAUAUGCAGCCCAGUAACUCUCUUGCUGGUGAUGUCGAAAAGCCGGAAGAGUCUAUGGAGAUGUCGUUAACACAAGAGAACGAGGAGCCCGGCAAUAAAAACGAGAACAUGGAGAUCGCUGAUGAGAUCGUAGUCGAAACUCCGCAAAGUACCGAGCACGAAGCAACUGACCAACAAUCACGACAGGAAAUGCGGGUGUCUACUCCUGUAAGCGCCAAGUCGAGUAGCUCUGCUCUAGAGGCAACGACUCCUGCCCAGCCCAUGAUCAUGAUGCAGACAAGAAAUAGUGCGAGUUCACCAAGAGACCAACCUGCAGCAGCUUCAAUUCCUGAUAGUCACUCUACCCCAAAGCGUCCACAGAAGAGAAAAGCCGUGGCUCCUGUUCACACUCCGAAGCAGUCUAAGCGCGCGGCUUCAAAGAAGCGGAAAACUCUUCCUGUACCGCCUAAAAGCAGCAAAUCUGAAGCGAAAACCUCACGGCCACUACGACGCUCUUCGAGAGUGAAAAAUGAUCCUGCCAAGUUCUCAGCUUCCAAUCAACAACUGUCCGAUGUGACGGUGAUGACUCACUUUGCCCGCAACGCAGUUAAUGAAAUGACUUGCAAACAUUGCGGCCAUAAAAUGACAGCAUCACGCGGUAUUGCAACACGCCAUCUACAGGGCUGUCCAGUGUUCUCAAACCACGAGAAUGCCACAACACAGAUCGAUAAAGUGAGUUCCAAAAAGGCAAAAUCUUCGUUGCCAGUGCACCCUGUUACUUUAUCAACCCCUGUGCAGGCUGUCAAGUCGGAAAUGUUAAUGACAGAUGCAAAUGAUCGACCGGCAUUGGUUCAGCUAAUGGGAUCAGAGGAACUAGCGAACAAAGUGAAGGGGUCAUUCCAAGGAACCCCGUUUGUAGGUCACGCUCCAGUGUCUCGCUUCCAAGAGUUAAUCAGGAACGACAUCACGGAGUUGCGGCACUUAAACGUGCAGAACUUACUGGAUGCUGUGGAGACAGAGGAUGGCCCCGUUGUUCAGCUACACCCGAAGUUAUCUGGUGUUCGCCAUAGCACCGGAUCUCAUGUAUUGGAGCCUGUGUCAAUCGCUAAGGCUCGAGAUCUGGAGAACUGUCCGCUGCGAUUUCCAGCACCACGUAGUGUCGCUGAGCACUACAUCACUCCAUUAGCGAAGGAACUCGGACUUAUGUACGCAAUGGCUCGCCAUACUGCCAAGAUUGUGAGCUGUCCUCUAGAAGACACUGUGCUGGAUUGGCAGUUCCACCGCUCGGAAACUGUAGUCUUUCAACUAAGUGGGAGGUCGAUGUGGAGACUGAAGAAGAGUCAAGUGGAGUACCCGGUUGAGUGUUUUCAUCCAGACUCGUGGCAAAUAGGAGAUGUGGCCCAAAUCGCCAAAGUCCAUCGCUUGUCGUCGAUGAAUCACUCUAAUACGGGCUUUUUGGCUCCACCGGGCGACGAUAUUGAUGUUUUUGAUGAGAACGUGAACGUCGCUGGAGUCUCUGAUGAACCAGAAGAAAAUUUGUUAAAGUCUGGGUCAGUUCUGUAUAUCCCUGCCGGUGUAUGGUUUGAGACCAAGACACUAGGUGUGAAUACGCUAUGGCUGGAGGUACAGUUGGGCUCAUUUACCUACGAGGAAUUGGUGUUUUCAGCCGUGAAGCAACUGGUUUUGAGUGACAAACAGUGUCGAAUGAGAGUCCAGUUGUAUUCCGGCAAUCGCCACCAGAUUAAACAAGCUCGACACCACGCAGAAGUCUGUAUCCAAUCCCUACGUAAGGAGAUGGCAGAGCUUGAUGGCAGCGACGUACUGCCAGAAUACUUAGCGACUGAGGACAUGCAGGAGCUGGUGGCUCAAGGUCUCAUUCAGGUCACGAACAAGUCGUCAAACUCGACGAGUAUUGCUGUGGAUCUGACCAAUCCGAGGUUCAAACUGAAGCAUUCGAAGAUCUUCCGAGAUGCUGCUUACCGCGUCAACCCGGUCGCUGUAUUGAUGCGCGCAGAGGAGAUUCCUUAUCUACCAGCACAGCGAAGCGAAAGUCCGAGUUCUGAGGGCACUACACCGGCAAAUACGUCGCAGACUCAGCAUCGUGCGUUGAAAAAGACGCCUAAACCGAAGCCCAAGCGCAAACAAACGUUGCGAACGAUCUCGCACACUGACAAGCACACGUACAUACUGGACGAGAACUUCGGCAAUGACAAGAGAGAGUCACAACUCCACGUCAUGUUUCAGUGCUCGGCAGAGCAGUCGAAGUUGGUGGAAUGGCUUCGAAGCCGUGGAAGUGAACCCUUUGAUUUGUUGGAGUUCAGUCGUGGGGAUGCCUCGGUGGUACACCAAGGGAAAGGCCCAGCGCGUUGUGACGAGAAUGCGAGAAGCAUGCUGCGAUUCCUGUAUUUUGUCGGCUACGUUACCCAAGUCAAGGCGUAACAAGUUUAUGCUUGAAAGCACAAGGAAUUAUUUCGAAACGAUGCAGCUUGAUAGUUUUCUAGGCUCGAUUUACUGCUGCCUUGCACUGUUGUUUGAAUGCACUUUCAACUGCUUCUUACUUUUGUUUUAUUUAUUUGUGGAGUAAAAAAAAUUCCUCGACAUUCAUUAAA